CCCCGGCUCGCGAUUCAAUACUCCUGCAAGGGGCUUUAUCACACGCAUCUUCCCGACCCGGGCUCAACACCAAUAGCUCGGUAACCGUUGUCCGCAUGAAAUCUCUCAUGACAACCUAGCAAGAUCGGAUCCUAGUACCUAGGCAGGAAAACCUGAACGAGAAAGAUAGGAAAGAUAGGAACGAUGGGGCUGUCGACGGCUAGAUGCUGUCAUGUAUGCUUUAACCCUGCUCUUCGUUUCAACGCUGUCUAUCAUUCUUCUCUUCCUUCUUUCGCAUUCUUUUCCGUCUUAAUGACAUCGUCCUGGCGACAAGUACUAGUUCACGUCACUCGUUAUGGGCUCAUGAAUAAUGUUGAAGAGCGGGCUCUUGCGGUGUUGUCUACUAAUCGCGCUGGGCACGAUAGAGAUAUGGGCUAAAGAGGAAACUGGGAAAGAUGGCGAGUUGAUAUUACACAAUGUGGCUAGGGUGCCACGAGACGAAUAUUCAUUCUUAUGGGAAAGGGUUAAUCAUGCAGUUGCCGAGGAGGAGGAUGUGGUCAAGAGAUUCAUAGUAGAAAGGAUACCAGACUCCACGAGAAGGAGACCCAAAGAGCAGGCAGCUCCAGCUCUCACAACUCCCCAACCAACACCGCCGCCGCAAAAGCGCCAGGACGAUGGCCAGAUCCAGGCCCUCUCUCAACAGCUCCGGUCACUUUCAGAGUCCGCGACCCAAGCCAUAUCAUCCGUAUCAUCAAGCGCUUCUUCGGCCAUGAGUCUCGUAUCUCAAUCCGCACAAUCUGUCCGGCAAUCUGCCGACCAAGCGGUCCAGUCUGCCAACCAGAACGCCGACAAUGCUAACCGGCAAUUAUCGCAGACCCAAUCGUCAGCAAGCAGUGCCGUAUCUGCGGCUAGCGCGCGUGCGAGCGAUGACAUCUCGCGAUCGCUGUCAAGUAUGAGCAGCCGGAUCUCGUCCAACUUGGCCAGCGUUCAGAGCAGCGCCAGUAGCGCAAUUAGCGCCGCUAUGGUGGAGGCAAGAUCGAGCGCUGCGAACGCGGUAAACAUAGCUGCGAGUCAAAUCCAGGAGGCUCGGGCUGAUGCAAGCGGUGUUAGGGGCGAUGCAAAUUCUAUCGUAUCGCAAGUACAAUCUAACUCUGUCUCUGCAACGAAUGUCGCUAUAGUAGUCACUGCGUCAGUGGUCGGCACAGCUAUACUAACAACCAUCGCAUCGUGCUUCAUCGUACGCUAUCGACGAAAUAAGAAACGUGGUCGCGAGGGUUUAGCUACGGCAAUCAAUAGCAACAACGAGAUUCAGUAUGAAAACCCAAUCGCGGUACGCGGUACGCCGGGAAGUCCCCGUUUUACGCCGUUCGGUGGUGGGACUGGCUAUCCCAUGGAUAAAUUCAAGCUUCCAGACUUGACCUUGAGCCCCUUUUUGAAAAAGAGGAUCGGCCAAGAAACCCCAAGCGAGAUUGGUUUCGCGAGAAGUACCUACAGUAAUGAUGACGGUACAGCGUCCGUCAAUAACGACGUCUAUGGCGUCUCGCCGUCAAGCUUCAGGUUGCAGAAAGAUAAUAGCAUCAAGAGCGCAAAAAGUGUACGACUUAUCAGAGUCGGCAGCAAUAGUAAUAAAGGGCAAGAAAAGGAGAAAGAGGAAGACCAGAAAGCUCCACUUAGUCCGAUACUCUCCCCAGCGCUACCGCUCCCUGUAGAGACGCCGAAAGUGCUGGCGGCACCGGUUGCAGCGUCAACACAACUCCAGCCGCAGCUCUUUUCGCCAGCUUCGCCAACCAUGCUAGCAUCACCUACAGCACCACAGAUUGCAGAACCGCCACGAGCGACCACUCGGUCUGUUCGAAACUCGGAAGCGGCAGAGGAGCCCGUCAUAAAUCCAGUUCAAAACACCUCAACAAUGACCAGUCAGAACCGACUCCGAUUUCGUGACAGCAGCGAUGUGGAAUCAGCCGAACCCUCACCAGCGAACUGGACACUAUCAACGGCCCGUACCGUAACCGCGGUGAACCCGAUGCGGAACACGAACACAGCUAGCCUGCGAAUGACAAUCAUGAACACCAAUGGUAGUGACAACGGCCAGUCGCCGCCUCGGCGUCCCAAGAACGCGGGUGCUAGCUUUGCCACGUUCCCCAGGGUGCGCAACGGCCUGCCAAAUGGUUCGGCCGCCGAGGCUAUCAUGAACAAGAACCGCACGGGUUUAAACGGCGUCGCGGCACGGCUGCGCGAGGAGGCAGAGCGUAGAAAGCGCGAAUCAGCUGGGGUUGGCGGUGCUAGCGACGCGGUGAGGUCGAGCAGGGGCCCGAAUUGGCCUUUCGGCGGUAACUAGGCCAUGUCUGUAUGUACCUAGGGUAAGACUGGUCAGCAGA